AUGGUUGCUCAUAAGCCAGUAUGCUACUACAUGAUGAAUAAUGGUUGCGUCGAGGAGCAAAAUGCCUUCUUCGAGAGACCCGACGAGGCUAUGAAGAGUCAUAUUAAGCCUCUCUUCAUUACUGGGAAGGUGGAAGAUGUCCCCAUUAAUAAAAUCUUAGUGGACUGCAGCGCGACCGUGAAUUUGAUUCUGCAUCACAUGCUGAGAAAAAUUGGCAAGUACGACACUGAUGCCAAACCUUACAAUAUGGUACUUACCAAUUAUGAGGGUAAAGUCGGUUCCACCCUUGGUGUCAUCCAAGUUGAGUUAACCGUAGGAACGGUCACAAGAUCCAUAAUGUUUAUGAUUGUGGAGACGAAGGCCAACUAUAAUAUGUUACUUGGAAGGGAAUGUAUACAUGGGGUCGGGGUUGUGCCAUCCUCAAUGCACCAGUGA